AUGAGCCAGCUGGCUCAACCUGACAAAUCUAUCAGAGAGGGUCGAGGAGGAUUGGCAACGUCUGAUAAAAUUUAUGAGGAUGGCAUUUUCGAGACUGCCGCGGCUUCCAGGCACCUGAGAUAUAAGGAGAGGAACAGGGAGGAUGAGGCCAUCAAGCUCCGCCUCCUCUGGACCUUUGCAAAGGAUGGCAGUGAGCCCUACGGUGCCCGUUACAUCGGCUCUAUGGUGGCAGAUGUGCACAGAACGCUGAUGUACGGAGGAAUCUUUCUAUACCCAGGAAAUGUGAAGAGCCCCAGGGGAAAGCUGCGGCUGCUGUACGAAUGCAACCCCAUGGCCUUCAUCAUGGAGCAGGCGGGCGGUAUGGCCUCCACGGGCUUCGAGAACAUCCUGGACAUCCAGCCUGAGAGCAUCCACCAGAGAGCUCCUGUGGCCAUGGGCUCCCCCGAGGAUGUGCUGGAGUACAUCGCCAUCUGCCAGAAACACACCAAGAAGUGAGACCACAGAGAUCAGGGACUCAGACGGUGGUCCUCGUGUUCACGUUAAUGUCUCUUUAAUGAUGGUUUUUUUUUAUGUAGUUCAGAAUCGUUUUUAAAGACCAAAAAUAUGAAGAGAAUUUGAGUGCAAGGGGCUGCGUUUAGUGGUGCAAUAUUUUCAUGGCACUUCUUAGUUUCAGUGGAAAGAACUGGUUCAUAAGCUCACACACAUUCCCACCCCACCCCCCAACAAAUGUGCCAAAGACACACAAAUGCACUUCAGUAAACACAACCUGAGGACUUCUCCUCCUCAGUUUGCCUCCAGCUGUGCCUUAAUUAGAAGAGACAGACAUUCCAGAUGUGUGAAAGACCAAAAACAACCUCUGUGCAAUCAAACUGGAUUCUUUUACUUUGUGGAAAAUCUGAUGUUUGGAAAAUGAAGUCUCAAUAAAUAAUA